CAUUCCCUCGUCGGCAGUCGCAGGCGGUCCUGAGUCAGUGAUUGAAAAUCAAGUAAAAAGCCAUAAGAUUCACAAAAAUCCGAUAAUAAAUCGGAUCAACCUGCAAUUGUGUUACUUUUUUACAAGUCAGUGCUUCAGUUUGACGUGAAAAAAUGUGGUUAGAAGAGUGCGAUGGAUUCGCAGAACUGUGUCGAGGUUAUCUACCUUACUAUCUGCUCAUAGUUCUUCCAAUAUUUAUCGUCGUAUCACCGGUGAAUCCCGUGACUGCAUCCCACGAAUUACCAGUCUAUCGAAUGCACCAGUAUGAUCUCCAUGGAGUGAGUCAUGGAUGCAGAAGUGCCUCUAUACAGCUAGAAGCUAGAACCCUCAGUAGCUGGCAGACUUCUAGGCACUGUGUCAUCGCGAGAUUAUCCGAUAUCACACCCGACGUCUUUUACGCAAUCAAGAGCAAGGCUGGCGCUCUCAUCCUCAUACUGCCGAAGGAUAUGAAGAGUCUAAGCCAAGACGAACAGCAGCACAUUCUGUCACUCGAAGCCUCCAUGGAAUCCAGUGGAGAAACGACAAUUCCAGUCUAUUUCUCCCCCUGGAACCCGGAUCUCCAAACGAUUGUCAAUGAUCUCGAACACGGUCUGAUAACAGACGCAAAAGCCAACUCAGAAUUACAGAAUCUUAUAAAUUCCAUAUCUGCGAGUGGAUAUCAAGUGAUCGUGCCAACUGGUCAGCCUACACCAAAAACCGACGUUAAAAUCGCUACUAUUCAGGGAAAAUUGGCUGGUACUGGAGUCGAAGAGAAAUUACCAACAGUUGCACUAGUCGCUCAUUACGACAGUAGUUCAGUGGCCACUGAAUUGUCUUUUGGAGCAGAGAGUAAUGCGUCAGGUGUAGCUAUGCUCCUAGAGUUGGCUAGAUUAUUCUCCGCUCUCUACUCGAUCAAUAAAUCACGAGCGAAGUAUAAUAUUGUGUUUAUUCUGAGUGGUGCUGGUAAAUUGAAUUAUCAGGGGAGUAAAAAGUGGCUUGAGGAUCAGUUUGAUGGUGUUGACAGCUCAGUCAUCCAGGACGCCUCAUAUGUGAUAUGUCUCGACUCAGUAUCAAAAUCCGAUGAUCUCUACCUCCACGUAUCGAAGCCCCCUAAGGAGAACUCCUUUGGCAGUUUAUUCUAUAAGGAAUUGAGUUCAAUAGCUCAGGCUAUUGGAGGAACAAAAAUCGAGGGCAUCCACAAGAAGAUAAACCUUGCAGAGGAGAGUCUGGCUUGGGAGCACGAGAGAUAUAGCAUAAGACGGCUAGCAGCAGCUACUUUAUCGAGUUUGAAGAGUCACGAUGAUCCAGGAAGAAGUUCACUUCUUGAUGUGAUGAGAGAGGAGCAGAUUGACAGGCUCCACAGACACACAUCCAUUGUUGCUGAGGCAUUAGCCAGACAUUUGUAUGGAGUUAACUCAACGAAAAUAUUCUUACCCCCUGUGGAAGUCUCGAAAGAAUCGUUGAGCGUCUGGAUGAACUACUUAAUUUCUCAAUCGAGAUCAGUGCCACUUUUAGCUGAUAAAAACAACCCACUAGUUAAUUCUCUUCAAGAAAUAAUGUCACGUUAUUUGAUCGACGUCAGGACAACGUUUCACACUCCUGAUAAGAGAGAUCCGGAGUUUGUAUUUUACGACAUUACAAAGACGAAUAUGAAUGUCUAUAGCGUUAAACCAGCCGUAUUCGAUCUGUUUCUCACGAUAGCGAUAAGCUUAUACCUGGGAAUGGUAUAUCUAAUUGUUCAUAAAUUUUCACAUCUCUACAAUUUCGCUGUUCACAUGACAGUGAAGAACAAAGUAUCGUAAAAAAAGAACAACCAAAGAAAUUUAUUCUCGACAAUUUAUCAAUGAAGAAUUGGAUUGAAUGAUAAUUUUAAUAUCCAAGAAACCUCAUUCGAAAAAUGAUGCCAUAAUUAACAUAUGAGAUUUGUCAUCAUCGAUUGUCGGUAAUCAACUCCCUGGGAAAAUUCGAAAUUUCUCUCGUCAACUUCCAUGAACACGUAAAUAAAAAAUCAUUGCUCACAA